AUGCAUCAACGCAGUUGUAGAGUUAUUCAAGGUCUAGACAGUGAAUUCCGUACAGACCUAGAGGAACAAAACAAUUCUGACACGGAAAAUAUUCCUGAAAUGGACCAAUCGACAAUCAACGAAACUCCUACGGUUGAAAUGGAAGAUAUUGCGAAUUUAAGAAAAGGUAUUAAACUCCCUAAAAGCAAUUCCGAAUGGUCAACGGCCAACGAACAUUUGAAAUUCGCUCUUCAGUCCAAUGAUCCAAUCACAUCACAAGAUUUAAAUUCCAACAGAAAACUAUUAAAUAAUAACAUAUACGAUUACUUCGCCCAAAACUUUGGUUAUAGCGAAUCAGUGCCUGACAAUUCGCUACUAAAUAAAUAUAAGGACUAUGAAAUCAAGGAUUUGAAAAAAGCUCUGAAAACCCUUAAAUCAACGAAUGGUGAACUAGACGAAAUUAAAUACGUGUCGCAUGUAUUGCGUGAUAAGCUUCGCUCAAACAAUAACGAGUCAUGUCUAGACAGCAGCCAGUCACUUAGCCAUGACAAAUAUAUCGGGAAAAAUUUCUGGGGUUAUAUCAAGAAUAUUCUAAGGAAGAAAGACACUGUAUUACCAUCUUUCAAUAUGACGCAAUGCCUUUCCAAUUUCACUAAGAUCCUUGCUGCAAUUCAUCCAAACAAAUUGUUCAAUAUUCCUAGCUGGAUUCCUGCGUUGUCUGACCCUGAAAUUCAAUUUGAUCUUUACCCCCCAUUGUAUCAAGAAGUCACGAAUAUAAUACGCAGAACGAAGGCAUCUGGCUCUCCAUGUCCCCUUGAUCAGCUAUCUAUUAUAUGUUUUAAACGCUGUCCUUUCCUAAGAACAUAUUUAACUGACCUCAUUCGUGCUGUGUGUCUAUCUGGAAUCAUCCCUUCAGAACGGAAGAAAGCUUGCACAAUACUAAUCCAUAAAAAAGGCGAUACUAAUACCCCGUCCAAUUUCCGACCCAUCACACUGGAGACCAUACCAUUAAAAGUAUUCACUUCCUGCCUACGUAACGCUAUGUAUUCAUUCCUACCGUUAAUAACUUUAUAG